AAUCCAGCUCUGAGCAAUCCAGAUAAGAGCUCCAUUCUGAGAGGUCCAGACUUCAUCGAGCUUUUAAUCGAAAUCAUAAAUCAGUUGGUAUUCCGUUGUACUCGUGACACAUCACGCCAUAGUCUUAGAAUAUGUUGAAUAUUUUCAUUAUCGUGUUGGUUUUUAUUAAUUUUUCGGAGAAUUUGACGGCAGUUUCCGCUUACUAUGAAGACCAGGAGUCGUGUUUUGUGUCAAGGGAGCUGGAAGAAGAAUGCGCUGCCGUUUGCUAUCCCACUGUCAAGCCAUUGCUUAAAUACAUGGGAAUAUGCCAGCAGAAGGAUCUGAAAAUGCAAGACAUGCAGAACCAACUUCAAGGCAAAAAUUACGAGGUUGCCAAAUGGAAGAGUCAAGUAGAAACACUGCAUAAACAGUUGGGAGAUGAGCGAAGUUCUACUGGACUAAGGCUAGACAUAAAAGAAACCCUCGAUAGGGUGCAGAACCUCAGGGUGGAACUGAGUGGGGAAUUGGAAAAGCUAUGCAGACAGAAAGACAAUACCAUCAAUGACCUGCACGAUGAUAUUGAGAAAAUGAAGAAGCAACUGGAGAGCAAAAAUGAAUUAUUGGAACAAAAGGAGAAAAACAGGAAGGACAAUGAUGAUAUCCUAAGCCAGAAGAAGAAAUAUAUUACGCAGAAUCUGGAUAAUGUCGGGCCAAAAUGCUGUCCGAUCCAAGUACCUGGAAAAGAGCCAUCUGGUUGGACAGUCAUUUUGCAAGAAAAUGAGGGAUUGGCGAGGCUAAACCAAAAGCUUGAGCAAUAUACAGAACAAGGUUUCAACGACACAAAUGGUUCCUUUUUUAUCGGCCGGAAGAAUAUGUAUCUGAUGACAAAUGCAACGCCACACGAAAUUCUUAUCAAAGUGAAACUUGCGAACGAUUCAAUCGCAUCUGUUCAAGGCAUUAGCUUCAACAUGGUAGAAGAAUCCUACGAAAUCAAGUCGAUUAAUAAUUAUUUAGAAAACAGAAAAUACUCAAUGUUGGAACUGGAGGCGAUUCUGUCGACGAAGCUAUUAAUGAAACGUAAUUUGUAUACGUAUUUUGUGUAUGUAUUUUUUUACUUAAAAAAACUCGAUCUUCCUAAAUGGAAGGAACUGACCAUUAUGCUCAGACGUUGCAACUAAUGAUUUAAUAUUGAAUGAUUCUGCUAUACUCUACCUUCAAUCUAAGUCUAAUAGGAGUUCAUUUACCCUGGGAAUUCUGUCACAAAUUAUGAUUAGUGAGACGCCCCGAAAAAACUAAAAAUAAUAUAACAUUUUAUUUGAAUAAAUAGUGAAU